UGGUACUCGUCAUUAUGAUCGUCGAGGCGCUGGUGGUACUCAUACGGCGCGACUCGCACGUGAGGGUCACCCGAGCCCUGCGCCCGGUCUUCCUCAUCGACAACCACUACUGCGGCGGCAUUAGGCGAGUGGUGCGACAGAUACUGCAGUCGAUGCCCCCAUUCAUCGAUAUGCUGGCCCUCCUGUUCUUCUUUAUGCUGGUGUUUGCGAUACUCGGGUUCUAUCUGUUCUCUCCCAACCCAUCGGAUCCGUACUUUUCGUCGAUCAGCCAAAGCUUUGUCAGUCUUUUCGUUUUGCUAACCACUGCUAACUUUCCCGACGUAAUGAUGCCGUCGUAUCGCAUGAACAGAAUCUCCAGCGUAUUCUUCAUCGCAUUUCUGAUCAUUCACUUGUAUUUCUUGAUGAAUAUUAUGUUGGCCGUAGUGUACGAGGCGUUCACUCGCAUAGAAAAAGACAAAUUCCGUAAACUAUUGCUUCACAGACGCAAAGCCUGUCGACUGGCCUUCGGAUUACUUGUGACCCAAAAGACACUGAAGAAGGUGUCGUUCAAACACUUCGAGGGACUCAUGCGAUACUAUAAGCCGUCGGCCACCCGACUCGAGACGUAUCUCAUGUUUAAGACGCUCGACACCAAUAGAUCCGGUUUCCUGACACUCAACGAGUUCUACGAGAUCUACGAGGUGUCGGACCUGAGGUGGGAGUCGAAGAACACCGCCGAAUGGUUCCAACAGAUCGACAACAAGUGGCUGAAGACCUUCUGUCGACUCAUCUAUCGACUGGUGUCCCAUAAAUGGUUUGACAUCGCGGUGUACGUUAUGAUUGCGGUGUCCGCUGUCUAUCAGCUCAUCGAAGCCAUCGUCCGGAGCUCUUCAUCCGACUCGUAUCACCUGAAGCUGGAACUGCUGUACGCGACGCCCCUGUCGUUGAUAUUCGUGUCGCUGUACGGCUUGGAGGCGUCCCUCAAACUGAUUGGUUUCGGUCUCAUACAGUACUUCCGGAGCGGUUGGAAUCGUUUCGACUUUGCCAUCACAUGCCUGGCCAUCGUUGGCCUCAUAUUUGGCGAACCCAUGCGAUUGCCGUUUAGUUUUGUGUUUGUGUUGCGAUCGACGCAUUUGCUGCGACUCCUGCAACACCAGCGCCGGUACAGCGAUAUUAUGGGCGCCUUUAUCUUCAUA